AUGUCCACUACUCCUAUUUCCCCUGCGUCGACCCCCGAAGGUCGACAAGGGCUCUACAGGAUCAAGCUCAAUAUACCCGCGGCGGCCCUUACCGCUCAUACGAAGGUUUUGUAUUUCUCGGAUGAGGACCGCGCUAUCCUUUCCAAGGAUCUAGACGCCUCCACUUUUGGCGUCGAAGACCCAGAUGUGCCCACUACGCCUCCAUCCACCGCAUCUUCCGACCUCACCACUCCAACGUCCAGAGAGCUCCCCCAAGACUUCGCGGCGCUUUACGUCGGCUCCGACGACGACUUCUACGACAACCCGAAGGAGAUCGACCGCGCCCCUGUCACUCCCGCGGGAAAUCGCAAUUUGCGGGUAAAUGUGACGGGGAAAGUGCCACUUCAUAUAUCCAAGUUCGCAGAUCCACACCCGGAGGAAUUUCAUAUGUAUUCAUAUGUCGCCAACGUUCAACUCAGCUGGGACGAUAUCAAUGUGUACUCAGCCAAACUUCUUCCCGACACAGCCUCCAACAACACAUGGACCUACGUACAAAAAUACUUGCGUCUAGUGAUUUAUCAGGAACGCGCUGCACAACUGGAAGAGUGGCCCAGACGUAUGAUUCCGCGUCCCAAGAUGUCCUACCUUCAAGUUCCACAAUACUGCAAUCCGCCACUGCGACAGAACUUCAGGGAUGUCUAUGACGCAACGCAUAUGACAGCCCUGCUGAAGUACGGAGACCGCCUCUCCGUCACGCUCGUGCAUCCGGAACUUGACGAGCUUGUGAUGGAAGUCCCGUACAUGUCCGGUUCCACAGAGCACUCCAUGGAACCCUUAACCGACGGGAUCCUGGGGUUUGGGCCUCGCAUGUAUCAGCCACACCUCUUUUCUACUGAUACGAGUAAACGUGCACCGCCCUCGUUCAUGGAAGCCAUCAUGGAGCAUCCUGGUUUAGUGAACAUUCCGCUAGAGUUCGACAUCACAUCUAGCGAUACGGGCCUGGUUUCUAUUUUAACUUCGGCCCAUAAAACCAUCAAAACGCACACAUCGCGCUUCCAUACUACGGCCGAUGCGUGGAAGGUAACACUCGUUGGAUUCACAGUCACGCGUCUCGAAGGAACCUCGCGGACGCCGCACUCAAUCCACGUCGACCUUCUCGACGCAGACGUCUCGGCCAUCCGGUUGAGGUUCUUCUGGAUUCAGGCGGCUUACACAAUCAGCAAUGCGGAGGAGGCUUACGCAGUGCAUGUCCCGGCUUUCCUCGGCAAAGUCGGUCAGCCGGGACACCGCCAUUUGCCGAAGGUACCGUUCACCCGGGCUCGGCCGGACUCACCCGGUUACCUCGGCAGAGUCUUCCGGCCGGACUCACCCGGUUUUCCCAGGGGAGUCGUUCGGCCGGACUCCCCUGGUUUUCCCAGAGGAGCCGCCCGGCCGGACCCGGUCGAAGUCUGGCUGAACCUACCCAAGCAUGCAGCAGCCACCUUCAAAACCUCUGAUACUUGGAGGUGGGUGUCCAAGGACAGACAUACCAGGGAGCACAAGGGUCCAAUGCAAGCAGCAGACCACCAGGCAGUGGUGCAGGCCCGACACUGCACCAGGUGGCAAUGGACGGAUGGCCGGCGAUAA